AAGAUCUCAUAUUGUAAUAAUUUCAUUUUUUAUAUUUUUGAAAGCUUUAUAUAUAUAAAAUAUUAAAAAUAUUAUCAGCUGAGAGCGCGGCUAGCACAUCAGCUGUGGGCACCACCAGUCUUGUGUCGAAAAGAUCAGCUGCACGGACACAAUAGUCUAUCACAGUCUAUGCAUGUAUGACUGUGUCAAUGGCAGAAUCUGGAAACGCAAACACAUUAGAAUGGACGCGUCCCGAUCAAGUGAUGCAAUUACACCGUAUGAAAUUGAAGAAACGUGCACUUCAAGCACGUAUAAAUAAAACAAAUAUUGAUAAGAAUGACGUUCAACAUAUAGAUACAAAUUUAGAUAGAUUUAAUAGUAGUAACAGUGCAUUGCGGCCUGUAUCUCAGAAACGAAAGAACCCUUUUGCAAUUAAUGAAUCAUGCAAAAAACAAAAGGAUAUAACACCAACUGGAUUGGAGAUCAGUAAUGACAACACAUUAUUUGAAUUAUUAAAUAUCGAUGUUCAACAAAAGAAACAGACAACAGAUUCAUCUACAGACAAAUCUUUGAGUUUCGCUAACGUUCUUUCGAAAUUAGAAUCAAUUAAUCAGACUCCUGAUGCACAUAUUUCAAAGGGUUCAAAACAUAUUCCUAUAGAUUGGACUUUAAAAACUAAAAUGAGAUUUAUGUCUUUAAAACCUUUUCCAUGGAAUGGCAAACUUAAAACAAGCGAAGAGGCGUCAGGUACUACAGGAUUUGUUAGAUGUCUGAAUAUUGGAGAAAAGGAGACAACUUUGGAUACUAGUCCUAAUGCAAGGUUUCAUCAAUGUUGCUUGAUAUGGCAGCAUCCAUCUCUACCCUGGUUAGAAUUAUUCCCUCGCUCUGCUGGCAAAGUGAGCACUAAUCUCGCAAGUAAUACAGCGAUAGCAAAUAAUUCGUGUAUAAAAGACGCAUUGUACAGAGAAUGGUGCGACAGUUUCAGAUCCUUAUUUCAUUUAUUGAGAGCAAGACAAUGUCCGUACUUUUAUAUGUGCGCAAAUACAUUUACAGUGCUCUUUCGUGCUGCUGGUAUCUGUGGGUUGUCAGAGAUUCAUGCUCUUCUCACACCUACAACACGUGGAUUCCGUCAGUCAUUAAGGCAAGAAGAAAUAGAAUAUUCUAUGCCAUUAAGAAAGGAUUCUAAAAGACGAUCCGACCCAGCAGAUUUCGAUUCUAACACUGUAGAUACUACAUCUCAUGCAGAAACAGCGGAUCGUCGCCAAGAGGGUGACGAAGACGAAGAAGACGAAGAUGAAAUGCAAGACGCAUGGCUUGAAAGCCUAGGAAUAGACAAUUCGGAAAUUCGAAAAAUUAAUCACUCGCAAGCGAGAAUGACUUUAGAGAAGGAAAGCGAAAUAGAUAAUUUGAAGCAAUCCCUCGUGUUUGUAAAAGGUGUGGAGACGCAGGCAUUAUUUAACUUUCUAAUUAAUUGUAAAUCAGCCAUUGCUGUGACCGGCGCGUUAGCCGGCGUACCGCCUACACUUUUGGCGCCGACAGCUUUUCAUGGCGCUACGUUAAAACCACUUAAGGUCCGAGAAAAUGUAGUACGUGUUGAUAACGACAAAUAUUUCUCUCUCGAAUUAAAUGGACCACUUUUGCCGCACGUGCUACCUUCUCUCUGUUAUUUAAUGAAAUCUAGUCAAUUGGAACAGUAUUCGGCAAGCUGCGCACAAUUAACGUCAACAAUACCGUUUUCCGUGGCGAAGCACGGCACGGGCCAAGCAAAUUUCACGAAAGGAGAAGACUGCAAUGCCACCAAAGUACCACUAAACGUGUUUGGACAAGAAAAUCUAAGCGAUUGUGGUUUCAAUGAAGAAUUAUUGAGCCAUUUUUGCAGUUCUGAUCCGGCUAGAAUAGAAAUCUUAGAAAGUUUUAAGUUUUUUAACGGAUUAUACACGUGGUCGUGAUCAUUUAUGAAUCAAUUUAGUAAGUAAGCUUUACUUGUACAGAUUUGUAUUUAUAAGAUUUAAUUAAUAAAAAAAUCAGCCGGCAUUUUGUCCUAAGCAUUAGGACAAUGUUGGAUCGCUGACGACACGUAAUGCUCAGUAAUGAAUAAUCGUUACACUUUUAAGAAUUUCAAAAAACGAUAUAUAAUUAUAUAAUUAAUAUAUAUGAAAAUCGCCGGUAUAAAAUUUAUUUUUAUUAACGUAUAAUUUAACGCAAAAUGCAUAUAAUAUUACAAGACGACUGAAUAUUAUCGAUAUCUGAUAAAAAUGCUUUCACUGAAACCGACGUAACAGUACGCUUGUCCUGACGAAAAUGUUCUACAUCACAACAAAAUCGAUGUUGUAUUUAAAUAUCACGCAAUGUAUUGAUCUCUUCCUUCUUUUGCAAUAUUAUUAUAUUUGUGGAAAAAU